AUGGACUGGUUGAAUCAUUUUAGGGCGUUUAUCGAGCAACCCGACUCUUCAUAUAAAUUGAGUGGGGUGGGCGUCUUCGAAAUGUUCGAUGGUAGAGCCUUUUAUAAAGUACCACUUGACCCUGAGCUGGAGAUGCACCGACCAAAUGCAAAGCGGCCAUCAAGAAUGAUUCGCCUUAGUUGUUGUUGCCUGUUAUCCAAGAGAUCAAACUUCUGUGGAAUAAGGCGCAAGUUCCGGCAUAGCUUCCUCAUCCAUGUCUGUUGUUGGGACUGGAUUAAGGACCGUUUUAUCGGCCCCAGAGCUCUGCAGGAUGUAGAUAUUCUGGUCUCGGCCAUGAGACGGGUGUGGAAGGAACAUUUCCCUUUGCCACCAUACGAGCUCCAAGAACACAUCGACACUGACGGGCUGUUCGGUUAUGAGUGGGUCGGAGAUAUGCGUGCAGGACGUCCAAUAUUCGGUCAGAUAGAACAUCUGAACAUCGGCCCGGCCUUUACUGCCCUUGAGAGAUCCACUAUGCAUACGAAACCUUAG